GGAAUAUUAGUCAUUAUAAAUGUAUUUCCGGUGAUCUUCACAGUGACAUCAACAUAGCCAUUUCCCUACAAAGGUGUAGCGUGAACGUGUUACCAUGAGGUGUGUACUGUUGUCCAGCAGACUUGGCUGGAUGACACGGUCAUGUCUUUUCUACCGUUCAAACCCAAUCAGACGUACACAGGCAGCAUAUGCAACUAGAUUUAAACGGCACCAGGUUGUGACUAUUUCACACUAUGAUACUCUGGAAGUUAGCCACGACGCUUCACCAAAGGAAAUCAAGGAUGCCUUCAUCACUUUGUCAAAAAGGUAUCAUCCAGAUGUCAACACCGGAGAUCCGACAGCCACUGCGAGAAUAACUGCUAUCAACGAAGCCUACUCUUGUUUAAGUGAUGAAAAUCUCCGCGAAAUAUACAACCAGGUCACCUUCGAGUCUGUGUUUGAGGAAGAUGAUUAUUAUGUGCCUGAAAGAUACGAAAAUGAGAGAGAUGAAGAUUAUAAUUUGAGGUUUAAACAGGAGCAUGCUGUAGCCUGGUAUUUACACACGUUGAGGGAAAGGACGCCAAAUGUAGCACAUGCAAGGAGAAUGUUUAUUAAAGAUAUGAAGAUUCUAGUUGCCAUUAUGAUUGCUCUCCAUGUGCUAGUUCUUGUAUCCUUCAAUGAUGACGACAAGAAAUUACAACAAAAGUCCUAUAAAAAUUCAUACGACGAUUUUUUAAUGGGUUAUUCUGCAGAUAAAAAGAACAGUCAAUUCAUCAAUGAUUACUUUGAAGAUAAGUACAAGGAAGAAUGAACAACCAAAAAACGUCCCACUCACGAUUUCUGUCCUGUGGAAUUGUUUUACAAAGGAGUUCAAAGGGGUUUAAUACUGAUUCCGUUAAUCCAAAACUGUAGAACGUCUUUGAUGGUUUAUCAGAAGUGGUGUCGAUGUGUAUGUAACAAAGGAAUAACGAAUAAAGUGCAGCAUCAAUAAAAUUAUGGCAAAAUGUAACUGCAUGAGCAAUCUUUGACACCAUAUUUUCAUGACAUCAUGCUUAACAACAUGGCUGAAUGCCUGUCGGAAGGAGCUUCUCAACACAAAUAUACUGUUUUCUGCUGUUAUGUGGUAGGUUUUGCUUGCAAUAAUGUUUCCAAUUAUAAAGUUAUGUAAUUAACUUAUUGUAUGUACCAAGGUUGUAUAACAUGACCACCGAUUCUUCCAUCACUAAGCCAGCAGCUGGAAGAGAAAAUCUGCGGCUUUAAUACAGAAAAUACAAUUCUGAUCAUUAUAUAAAAUUAAAACUGUAAAUGUGGAAAAUUUUGGGAUGUGGAAAUGUUUGUGUGUUAUUCCUGAUCUGUAAAUUAGCACAGAAAUAUCCACAUGCGAAUUAUAUAGAUUACGGAUAUAUAGAUUAUAAGCAUUUCUAAAUCAUUAUCAACACAAAAAUGUCCACACUGUCUCUAAAAACUCUUUUAUCAACAUAAAACAUACAUGGCUAGCAGCUUGAUAUUUUUCUUUCACUGUUUUUUGGAGGGAUGUUUUUGCUUUUAUAGAGGAAAAUAUUUCCGUGUAGGCAUAUCAAAAAUGAGUAUAUACAUGUAUUUCAUAUCAAAUGACUUCUUAACAGAUAUUUGCACUCUAUACAGUCUGCAGAGCUGUAAAAGGCUAUUUUGAUGACUUGUUAUAAUUUUUGGCAAGCAGAGAAAAAAAUGCCAAUUGCAUAAAACUAAAAUCUGUGGGUCAGUUUUUGUAAGGAGUUUAGAUCCAUUUAAGUUUCAAUCUUAAAGGGGUGAAGUAUGUUGUUGGCCGGAUUGCAACGCAAUCGGGGCUUAUAGAUUGGCAAUUCCUGUUCGUCCAUCCGUCUGUCUGUCUGCACUAAGCUUAAGAAGUAUGGUUAUCCCACAUCAACUAAACUUGCAUGGCUUACGUAUCUAAGGAUGCCUAUGACAUGUAAUGCUUCGGAUGCUGCUUUUGAGCUACAUUUUCCGCUUCAGUGUCCAGGUUAAGAAGAUUGGUUUAGGUUUCUUACAGGUAACUACUUGUCCUUCAUCAACUAUAGGUACUUGCAUGCUUUUGUAUCUAAGGGUGCUUAUCACAUGAGAUGCUGCCGAUACUGGUUCUGACCUACAUUUUCCACUUCAGUGACCAGGUUAAGAACUUUGGUUAAGGUCAGUUAUUAAGUAACUACUUGUUGUACAUCUACUAAACUUGCAUGGCUUAUGUAUCUUAAAGGAUGCUUAUCACAUGUGAUGCUUUACAUGAAAAUGUACUGUAGCAGUCUGGCCAUAUCACUAUUGGCGAUUUCUUGUUUUGGGAUAAAUUGAUGUAUAUCUCAAUCGCGGAUUGCUGAAUCCCAAGAUGCUAUCAGCCAGGACCAGCUCAUCAAUGUAGAAAGGAAUGAAAGCAACCAGACAGGAACUCCAAACCUUGUUUUGAAAUGUGUGUAAUAGUAGUGAUAGGAUAGAACGUAACACACACCCAGCUGGACCAUCUUUAUAAAUUAGAAAUCGAUGAUGUAUACAAAAGACUAAUUACGCUUUAUCCCCCCACUGUUAAAAUUACACCCAUUCAUGCUGUAGUCUUAUGUCCCUGACUUGCAUUGCCUGUUAAACAGUAAACACAGAAAUAUAUUUUAUACGAUAUGAAUGUGUUUUAUUUAGUAUGGAAGUGUUCGAUAACAAAUUAUAAUUCAAACCAUGAUUAUUUUUGAUGCAUGUACAUUGUGUGGUAUGUGAUAUGACUAAUUAUUGUUAAUAUUAUAUAUUUGUAAGGUAGUUCAGUAUGAAAGAUGCAACUGGCGAUGUGUCCACUGAAUCUGUUAGCUAUUAUACCUUACAAUGUAUGAUCUUAUUUUCCGAUUGAUCAGAGUGCAAAGCUAUUAAAUAAAAAUUUGAUAAUAACCUAA